AGGAGUAGCAGUAGUCUUAAAGGGAGGGAGGGGGAUUCAUUCUUCGGUGGUGCUGUAAUUUCCUUCUUUUGACAUUACUACUGACAUUCCGCCCUCCCCUCGUAUUCAUUCUUCCGAAUGAACGCUGCAGGAAGGACCCAACGACAUGCUGCGUUCUUAUGGAACUGACUGUUGCUCUCUCUCUCGUGGCAUUUUUACAAUACUACUGCACUCAGUCAGGCAGUCAGUCAAAGGUCAUGAGGGAGGAGGAGGAGGUGGAAGCAGGUGUCGUCGACGGAGACCAACUGCGCAUGAUGAUGCUCAUGCUGCCCUGGUCCAUAAGAUGGUGUGAGUGGCUGACUGACGCAUGCCCUAAAGCGAUAAGAGAGAUGAAAGAAAGACAGACAGACAAACAGAGUCAUGGAAGGAAGGAGUGCAGGAGAUGAAGGCGAUGGAUCUGGGGGUAAUGGAGAGACAGUGACCGAGCGAGAGAGAGAGAGCACCAGUGGAGUCCCCCCUCCUCUGAGUGAUUGAGUGAGUAUGGGUUAGGGUGGCAUGGGCAUGUUUGUGGUUGACAGAAACUGGGGCCAUAGUACACAGAAGUGGCGAUGGAAGGAAAGGGAAAGCGAAGGAAGGGGAAGGAAUGAAAGGGGGGGGGGGGGAUUGAAGUUGGGGCCAUGUAUGUCCCCUGGACUGUCACCCUACAUUGACACAUUCUCAUCACCUGCUCUCUGUUGUGGUUGGGUGGGUGAGAGAGAAAGCAGCCCCUUUUGUCAAGCAAGUACUGUGUAUCUCUGCUCAGUCUCCUCCUCCUCCCCAUCCCCUCCCUUUCAUUCCAUUUGCUGUUCCUGACGGAGUUGCUGUCAAUGGGUAAAAUUUCAUUCCAGCUAGGGACCACCAGGCCCUCAGGGCCCCCACUCACAAUGAGGAGACCUGUGCAAGCCUCGCUACAACAACAACCCUAAUCCCCCAUCAUCCCUACUCCUACCUCACUAUUGCCGUCGCAGUAGUUUGCCUUUUGUGGUUCCUAUUUUUUUUUUUUUCGUUUUUGCCAUUUUUCUUUUUUGUGUUUUGUAUUUUGCCUUCCCCCCCUCUAUUGCUUGGCUAUUGGACUCGCGCUCUCUCGUGUUAAUUUUACAUCGGAUUCUGCUCUCAUUCAGGUGGUGUCCGUGGUUGAUUCACUUCCAUGUCCAUAUUCAUCACCAUCUGCUCUUCCUCCUACCGCUCCUCAUUCACUUGCCUCCUCUCUAUCCUUGAUUGUUUCUAGAUUGUGCUCUCUGAGAGAGUGGGUGUUUUCCUCGCACUUGUGCCAAGGAUUGAUCUUUUGUUGUUGCGCUAGAGUCCUUUAGAUGCCUUCGCUUGCUCUAAUAGUUCUAUCUCGCUCGGUGCCCAAUUGAAUGUGAGUUGGAUCUAGUGAGGGCUGCCUUGUUGGGAAAUCAUCAGGCUCUCACCGAUUUACCCCAGCGUAAGUGUAUGGGAGGUAGUGACAUAUGGGCGACACGAAGGACGCAGUGUAAGACGUGGCCAGGGAUUCUUCACAAAUCAUGCCGAGUCUGUUGCACAAAGCAUUGCCAUCGACGUCCGCCUCGCAUUUCAAUGUGUCGGAUGCACGCCCCACCGCUGUAUGGACCCGCUCCAAUACUGACGAUGUCACUCUAUCCCAGCUUCACAAGUUCUGGGGUGGUUUGUCGGUUGUGGCUCGCCGCGACUUGCUACGCAUCGACAAGCAGACACUUUUUGAGCAAGUGCGCAAGAACCUUUAUUGUUCGCGGUGCCAUGGACUUCUGGUGGAGGGGUUUAAUCAAAUUGUAUUCUAUGGGAAGACCUUACAGGCAGGCAUGGUGGGGCACACCAAUGGCUCAGGGACUAAUAGCAGGCAGGUGAUACAAAAUGGAUACAACGCAGGAAUUGCAGACUUAUCAGAUGACUCGAGGGAUCCGUCUGUCCAUCCUUGGGGUGGCCUAGCAGCCACUCGUGACAGUAUGUUGACGGUCUUGGAUUGCUUUCUGGAUGGGAUGCAGCUUGAGGUGCUUCAAAAUGUGUUUGAGAGUGCUCGGGCAAGAGAGCGAGAGCGGGAAUUGCUGUAUCCUGAUGCGUGUGGUGGAGGUGGACGAGGUUGGAUUAGUCAAAAUGGGAGCUUUAAUGGACGUGGACAUGGACUAAAAGAGGCAUGCGCGUUGCAUACAGCGAGGCUCUCUUGUGAGGCGUUAGUGGACUUUUGGUCUGCUUUGGGAGAUGAAACCAGGCGCUCUUUACUAAGGAUGAAAGAGGAAGACUUCAUCGAAAGACUAAUCUUCAGAUUCAACAGCAAGCGAUUUUGUCGAGAUUGUAGGCGUAAUGUUCUUCGUGAAUUUAAGGAAAUGAAAGAGUUGAAAAGGUCUCGCAGAGAACCUCAGUGUACUAGAUGGUUUUGCGCUGCUGACACUGUAUUUCGAUACGAGGUCUCAGAGAGUGCAGUGCAAGUAGAUUGGCACGACUGCUUUGUCGGUGAUGGGAGUAUUGCAUUUCAGCGUUUUGAAUGGGCACUGGGCACUGGAGAAGGAAAGAGCGAUAUUAUUCCUUAUGAGGACGUGGGUCUAUCUGAGUCUGCUUACGUGGAUAGCCUUGACCUUGCAAGUAUUAGUGCUUGUUUCAUCACUGUACGUGGUUGGAAGCGAGAUGGUCGAUGUACAGAGCUUUCUGCUAAAGCACAUGCUCUGAAAGGACAAUUGUGUGUUCAUCGACGGCUGAUUGUUGGGGAUGGCUAUUUGUCUAUCACCCAAGGGGAGAGUAUACAGAGAUUUUUUGAACGCGCAGAACAGACUGAAGAAGAGGAGGAUGAAGAUGCCAUUGACAACGAUGGGAAUGAUUACGAGGGUGAAGCUUCUCGCCCUCAAAAGCAUGCGAAAAGCCCUGAGCUUGCUCGGGACUUUUUGCUAGAUGCAGCAACAGUUAUUUUUAAAGAGCAGGUAGAAAAGGCUUUCAGAGAGGGCACAGCUCGGCAGAAUGCACAUAGUAUUUUUGUCUGUGUAGCUUUGAGCCUACUUGAAGAGCGUGUUCGUGUUGCUUGUAAAGAAAUUACAAGCCUUGAGAAACAGAAGAAGCUCUUGGAAGAGGAAGAGCGUGAAAAGCGUGAAGAGGAGGAGAGACGGGAGCGAAGAAAACAGAAAGAGAGAGAAAAGAAGCUACGGAGAAAAGAGAAGUUAAAAAGUAAAGUGAAAUGCAAUAGAAUGAAUUGUACCCUUGCCACAUUGGCUUCUAACGAAUGUCUGACAGCAAGCUCACAAGAUGAAGAGCAUGAAGAGCAUGAAGAGGAGCAGGAGAGCAACUCAGGUAGUCAAGUAGAAGGAAUUGAAAGUAACAUUAGUGAGGAUAGCAGGUCUGCAAGACCCUCAUCUCCUGAUAUGAUUGAAGCGAGGCCCUCAGCUGAUGGCUUUGAUCGUGAGAACGGAGGUACCAGCCAGCAUGAAACCUUCGCUCCUGCACAAGUUAUCGACGAUCCUCUUGGUUUGAGGAAUGGGAAUGGUGCUUUCAUUGUAGAAAGGUCAAAAUCUGUCAGAAGAAGAACGCGGGAUCGAAAACCUACGUCACCAGACAACUCAAAUGGAAGUUGUAGAACAGAAGCUGAAAACAGUACCUUUGGUAAUCCACGAACGGUACCUAAUGCUCAUUUUUUUAUAAAGAGAGGGGCCAUAAGCUCUCAAGUACAGCAGAGGAAUGGCCCUCAUAAAUUUGAUGCAGGGACUACAGAGAAAGAGGUCGAUAUAUCAUGUAAUAUAAAUAACAAACAUGAGAUACUUCAGUCCUGUGCAUGUGGCAGUCCUCAUGUAGGAUCCCGGUUUAAGAUUGGGAAUCGAGGUCCUGGUAAGUUAGGAAUUCGAGAUGCAAAUGGAGGUAGUAGAUCAGGAGAACGUGUCGAUCUUGGGAGUCGUUCAAGUAAAAUGCCUAAUGAGGUUGGAAAUCUGGAUCCUGCAAUUUCCCAGAAACCAAUCGAGUAUUCCCUGGAGAAAUCAAUCACAGCUACCACUUUUGAGCGAAGGGGUCAGAGGGCAGGGAACAGCACAGAUAAACCCACUAAAGCAGUACAUUCAAGAAGUUCCUCAUUGGAUUUAUCAAAUAGCUAUCAUGGGGGAUCACGAUUAUCUCCAAAUGGCUUCGCAAGAGGACAUGGGUAUCUUGACAAUGGCCCUGGUUUGCCUGUUGUAGUAAAACCUACUUGGACUCCGCGCGCAGUAAAUUCUUCAAUUAGCUCAAACGGAGUGACAGUAAAGGUUUUAGCAGCUGGCCGUCGUCCUUUAGAUAGUGUGCAUGAGAGGAGUGACAGUCUUUGUCAUGCUCAAGCAAAACCUGGAAGUCCCUGGAUUGCUGGACCUAAAUCAACCUCACCCAAGGCAAUAAGUGUGAUAGCCGUAGAAUUUUCAGAGAGUAGGAAAGAUGAGCCUUGUGUAUCUGAAAUUUCAUGUACUUCGGAGGAGGGAGAAGACUUUACAUUGACGGACUCUAAUGCACCAAUUCCGGUUCAAACUUGUAUUACAGCUGAUGAUGGCCAGGAGGGUGACCUAGCUACCGGGACUGAUACCAAAGGUGAUAGUGUUUCACUAACAACGUCGACAUCUGACUCUUCGUCCAAGACUUUGCCCGUGCAGAGGGAGCCAUUAGUUGCAAACGCUCAGGGUUAUGCUGUACCUGAGGAGAGAACAAAUACUGAAUCUCGACCAGGGGCUUCUUGUUCGGAACAAGGGGUACAAUCUCUGCAUGUACCGAGUUCAGUUGCAACAACACAGAUAGCAGCCAAUAUGGUACUCUUAGCGGACUCGCCAUCCCCUCGAACACACUGUAGUUCUUCACCCUCAGGUACACUAUCGGAAACCUGUCCUCAUCUUCAUGCGAGUGGGCACCAGCUUGUGAACUGUCCUCAGGACAAUCUUUUGAGGCCUCCAUGUAACGGACCCAUCUAUCCAUUUGCUACCGACAUGUCUUCUUCCCAAGGACCCUUGCAUUAUGCCAUACCACCUCCGAACUUAGCUCCUAGUUCGUUGAAUAUGCACCACCCUUUCGGGUUCUAUCCAGUGAGCCCGUGGGCAGCGCAUGGGAGGACUAGUGUGUUGCAAAUGCCUCAAGCAGGUGGAUAUACCGUUGCUGGACCUGGGGGAUUAUGUAUGGCAGUACUUCCUCCAAUGUCUUUGAACGGUCCAGGGCCCAUGCCUCCUGUGGGGCUAGGUCAUUUGCCUGCUAUUCUGGAUGGGUUGAAUCCCUUGCAACUGCGAGAGCAACAUCAGAAUACCAUUCAGCAGGUGUUUCUGUCCCGGUUUGGGAUUCCAGGGAAGGAAUUCUCUAGUCGAGGCAUUGCUGAAAGAGUCCCUUGUUUUUCGUCUGAGAACGGUUGGUCGGAAGGCGCUGUGGCUGCAGAUGUUGGGCAUUCUAGUGAGAAUCGGAAUGGCCAUGUUGGUCAGGCUGUCUCAAAUGCUUCAUCACCUUUCCCUGGUGUCAAGGAUAGGCGUCCCACUGACUCACCAACCACAGCAGUUUUCUCUCUUUUUCACUCCAAAUGGCCCAUCACCGGAGGGGCCAACGAAAAGGAUGGAUCACUGGAGGAUUCGAAUUCUGAUGCAAGUGGUAUGAAUAACCUCACCACGAAUGGUGCAGAAAAACCACAAUGUAUGGGAGGGUCGGAUGAACUGAGAAAGUCUAGCUCAUCUGCUGGAGAGUACAGUCUCUUUGCCUCUGCACCCAGCAACGGUUUUGGCUUCUUCUAAUCAAAACCUGAAAGAAGCCGUCUUGUCGCGAAAAUUUAUCCAGGUAUUUAAAUUACUUGCAGUAUUGAGUGAGUUAGUGAUACCAAAAAUGACAGCUCUUUGUGAUAAAGCUUCUGUUCCCCACUACACUAUGAUAGAAAGGGGUUCCUUAGCCAAGAGCAUUGUGCAAAUUUAUGUAUGUGAUAAAUUCAAUCUUAUCUGAUUGAUCAAAAUUUAUUAUCCUACUAUUGACA